AUGUUUAGAGAGCUUCUGGGCAGAGCGUUUAGACAGCAAUCCAGGAAAAGGAAGACGGGCUCGCAAGCUCUCGAGGGCAGUGUUGCCUUCUACGCAUUGUUGCUUCGAUCAUGCGGAGAUUCGCACAACUUGGAGCGUGGGAAGCAAGCGCACGCCUGGAUUCAAGACAGCAUCUACAAGAGAAACCUGUAUCUCGCGAACCUGGUGAUCGAGAUGUAUGGAAAAUGUGGAAGUGUGGAGGACGCAAGAGUGGAGUUUGAUCGCCUGAGCAAUCCCAAUGUCUUCUCGUGGACGAUGAUUGUAUCAGCCUAUGCCCAAAACGGGUAUAUCGACGAAGCGCGGAAACUGUUUGAGCUGAUGCCAGACAAGGAUCUUGUCUCGUGGAAUAUGAUGCUGGGCGCUUACGUUUUGAGGCUCGACAUUGAUGCAUCUAAGGAAAUGUUUGAUCGGAUUCCAAAUCCAAACAUGGUGUCUUGGAACGCAAUGGUGACAGUGUAUGCCCAAACCGGGCAUCUCUCAGAAUCCAAGCGCGUGUUUGACGAAAUGCCCGGGCAAGAUCUCGUGUCGUGGAACACGAUGCUUCAGGCAUACGCUGAUCACGCCAAGCUAGAAGAAUUUCUGCUCAUGUUUGCAAAGAUCCCACACACAGACGCAGUCUCAUGGACAGCUAUGAUCAUCGUUCACGCGAGCUGCGUUUCAGUGGAUGCUGCAAGGCGUGUUUUUGAUCGAAUUCCUGAGCGCGAUGUAGUUGCCUGGACCGUCAUGCUCCAGGUCUACAGUGACAAUGCCCAGCCCCGCGAGGCCGAGAGCCUGUUCGUGAGCAUGCCCGGCAAGGACGCCGUGGUGUGGAACGCCAUGGUCACGGCUUAUGCUAAUGGCGGGGAUUUGCUCAAAGUGAGAGCUCUGUUUGAUUCCAUGCCAGCGAGAAAUCUCACGUCCUGGAACGCUAUCAUUGCGGCUUUUUCCCAAGUUGGCGCUGCAGAGGAGGCGAUUGAAACCUUCACCAAGAUGCCAAGACGAAACUCGCUAUCAUGGAACGCGACGAUUCAAGCAUUUGUCGCAAGUGGAAAUUUACAGCAGUCAGUAGUAGCGUUUCAAAAGAUGCCCCAGCAUGACAUCUUUUCGUGGACAUGCAUGGUCACUGCCUACGUCCAUAGCGGGAAUAUGCGGGAAGCAAGACAUUUGUUUCAAGUGAUGCCGCUGCAAAACGUUGUGUCCUGGAACGUAAUGAUCGCUGGGUAUGCCCGAGCUGGGGAUCUUCAUGAAGCUCGAGCGCUCUUUGACGAGCUCGCGCCGCACAGCUGGAGCUCCUUGUCUUGGACAGCCAUGGUCCACGCUUACGCCAACACAGGCCAUGGCGAGCUCGCGAUCCAUCAUUACAGACUGAUGGAGCUCCAAGGCUUUGCUCCCGACGCGGUGACAACUCUGGGGAUUCUCACUGCUUGCAGCCGCGCGGGUUUCGUGGAUCAAGCCAGAGACCACUUUGGAAUGCUGGGGAAUCCCUUGCCGGAGCACUACUACUGCAUGAUCGACGUGUUGGCGCGAGGAGGGCACUUGGAGCAAGCGGAGGAACUCAUGAACACAAUGCCAUUCGUCCCGGAUUUGUCCGCUUGGACAACUCUGCUGGGUUCUUCCAAGACUCAAGGAGACGUUGGAAAGGGAGCCACGGCCGCCGCCCAAGCGCUCCUGCUGGAUCCGGCCUCCCAGGCUCCAUACUUCCUGCUGUCGAAUCUGUACAUAGAACAAAACCAGUCGUUGACCAAGUCAGUGGUGGUCAACGGAUGCUGA